AUUCACAACCAAUGACGUUCACGGCUUCAACAUUCUGCAACCAAUCACAUUCGCGGCUUCAACAUUGCUUCAACAUUCAGCGAUGAAUAUUCCCAGCUCCAAGCAAGCUUUUUUUCCUGAGGGGGCCGCCAUCGUUCGUAUUUACUCAAGCGAAAUGGCAAAAUCACACAAAGCCAUGGGAGACUCGGAGUGGAUGGCACGCCUGAGAAAGUUUGCCAGCACAGGGGCCUGGCCGGCAGGUGAGGGAAACAGGCCAGCCCCCAGGCAGACAAAGUGGUACGAGCUGUAUCAAAGGAUUGAGAAAUGCCCGAUGCAAAAACAAGGACAAAUGUCCUUGUUUGGCCAAGUGAGGAAGUGUCUGUGUGGAUUCCACACUCAGAAGGCAGCAGCAGGGCAGCAGACUGAAGCACCGAGUCCGGUGCAAGGCAUUGUGGCCCAACACACUGCAGCAGUGGGUCUGGUCCAAGCGACUGUGGGACAGCAGAGUGCAGCACUGGGACUGGGAGUGCCGGGAGCGGUGGGCCAUAAGCAGCGACCAUCAUUUAAUUUGUCAAUGUUUACAAAGCCAAGAUUUGGUGGGGCUCAUCUUGAUGCGGCAAAGCCAAAUCUAACUAAAGCCAGGCCCAGAAUAGCAACCCAGACCCAAGUCAACGACCCCACCGACGAAAGGGCCAGUUCCUCAGCCAACAUUGCUGUCUCAGCUCCAGAGUCUCAGACAGUUCCAGCUUCAGCACCUGUCCUCAGUCCAGUAGCAGUGUGUGCCACUGUGUCAACUGCUGACUCCAGGACAGAGACACCUGAAGCUGUAACAUCGCUGCCCCGUUUGUGGUCAGAGGGCUUGCCCCCUGAAGACCACAAAUGGAUUUUAAAGACAGUAAUGAAGGUGGGGCCCAAGGGAAAACUGCAGCUUCAAGACCACCUGAAGCUCUGGUUCUUUCCCCCACAACCAAGCCCUCUCUACCACCAGGCUCCUGCUCCUGACCGCUUUUUUGCACAUCCACUUCUUGUCUGGAUGCCCUACAAGUUGUGGAAAGUGAAGGUGGUCUGUCCCAACCCUGUCUGUGGACAGCAUCAGCUCACAGGAGGCGGGCUGCACAAGAGGGCACGACAGGUCCUGGAUGUGGACAGGAUCUACAAUAUGGUGACAGAGACUCUAACCUGCACCAAAUGUAGAUCCACACAUGUGUCGUGGAGCCAGACUGUCCUGAAACAACUGGACUUGGCUCACAGAUCUGAAUUUCGGGUCAUCCUGACACAAAAGUUUGCGUGUGACAUCCGGGUGAUCCGUCUUCUGCGGGAAAGAGGCCUCGGUAACAGCCCAACGCGGGUUUUAAAGCAGCUGCGAGAGAACCACACAGAGGAGUGGCUGCAUCGCGUAGCGAGGUACACCACAGAGUGUGUGGACUUCCUCCAACGCCCUGGACUGUUGCCCAUGGCAUUUCCUGAGCCUCCAGAGCCAGCUGUGGUGCCCAGCUGUAAGUGGCUCCUCUCUGUUUACAGCCAGGACAUUUUGACAAGAGUGGAUGACAUCAAGGCCAGAAUAACAUCGACCUAUGGCACCAUUCUAAAAAUGGAUUCAACCAAAAAGAUCACCAAGAAGCUUGCUGGAACAGCCAAGGGGACAGCACUCUGGCUCACCUCUGUGGGAAAUGAGUAUGGUCAGAUUCUAAUCAGUGUGCUGACCGCUCAGGAGGGAGCUGGCCUGGACAUGAUGACAGCCGGGCUAGUGAAGAGAUACCAGCAGGCUGGUGUGGAUCCCCCUGUUGCCUUAUAUGUGGACUGUGGCUGCUGUACUGAGGUAGGGGAGACCAAGCUGCAGGCAAGAUUCAGCGGGUGGCCAGACCUCACCAUAAGGCUGGAUAUAUGGCACUUCAUGCGCCGGCUUGCCCUGGGAUGCACAACAGACGCUCAUCAGUUGUACCCCAUCUUUAUGUCCCGCAUUUCUGCGUGCAUAUUUGAGUGGGAUGCAGCUGAUUUAGCUCUGUUGCGCGAAGCCAAAAAGCAACAGCUUCUCUCCCAGGGCCUCACUAGCCAUACUGAUGACAUCAGUAGACAUCUGUCCAGGGAGGAGCUGGCUCUCCAUUGUCGGAGGAGGACCCGCGGUGAGGAGACCACCACUCGGCUGCUGGAGGAGCUGCUGCAGCAGCUCAUAGGGACCAACGGCAACGACUCCCUUGGAGUUCCCCUGCUGGACAGAGAGAGGACGGAGCACAUCUGGCGUGUCCAAAGAAAGCACAUCAAGUGCAUCCAGGAUCCACCAGGUGUUUCUCUAUACAUCAGGACAGGGGAGCUCACAAAGGGUGGUGUGCGGUUGCCCAUGUUCAGAUGUGCCAGAGGCUCUACAUCAUUAGAGUCUUUCCAUCUACACCUCAACCGCUUCAUUCCAGGGACCAGUGCCAACAGCCUGAAUUUCCAAGUGUACCUGCUGGAAGGACUGCACCGGUGGAACCAGGACCGUGGUAGUGCUGCCCUGUCUACUGGACCAUCUGCUUUACGCAGCUACUCAGGUGACCUGAUUCACUGCGUCAACCAACAUUUUGAGAAGCUGUUCAGCAGGAAGAUGGUCCCGGAUUUCUGUCCACCUUCCCGUUACACUGGAGAGCUUAUUGGGAUACAGUAUCUGUUCCGGCAGACUGGUCAGGCCCUGCAGGAUAUGCACCCUGAUUCAGAGGAGACUGCUCAGUUAGUCGAGGAGCACAACAUGGAGGACAACCUGGAGGAGGAUGAGGGCUUCUCUGAUGUCACAGAUGACCCCACAGUGCUGCUCCUGGAGGUUCAGGCUUCAGCCUCUUCUUCCUCCGCCACAUCCACCCUGGCUCCUUCCUCCUCUGCCACAUCCACCCUGGCUCCUUCCUCCUCUGCCACAUCCACCCUGGCUCCUUCCUCCUCUGCCACAUCCACCCUGGCUCCUUCCUCCUCUGCCACAUCCACCCUGGCUCCUUCCUCCUCUGCCACAUCCACCCUGGCUCCUUCCUCCUCUGCCACAUCCACCCUGGCUCCUUCCUCCUCUGCCACAUCCACCCUGGCUCCUUCCUCCUCUGCCACAUCCACCCUGGCUCCUUCCUCCUCUGCCACAUCCACCCUGGCUCCCAGCACAUCUGCAAUGGCCUCUGGUGCAUCAAUUCUGCCCUCUAGUUCAUCCUCUGAGGCUGGAGUCGAUGCUCAAGAUGAAGAUAUGGCUGUUGACGACAGAAAUAUUCCGGGGUACCAGUACCAGUAGCCAUGCCCAUAUCUGUGGUUCAGAGCACCAUGCCACAAACCAGUGGAACUACCACCACGGCGGACGCUGGAGCUUCUACAAAAAGGCCAUACAAACGCACUGUAGAAGCCAAUACAUGUAAGAAGUGUGGCCAGUUCCGCACCGCAGACACUGGACACAGUCAUUACCGUGGCAGAGUGUAUUGCCCUCAGUCAGAGACUCUUACAAAAGCUCAGUGGCUGGAGGAAAUGAGAAAAAAAUUCUCCAAAUAAUCAUGUACAUGUACUGUAAAUAGUAGUUGUAAUAAUAGUUGUAUUAUACUGUAAAUAGUUUAAAAUAGUGUUUGUUUGAUAAUUGAUUUCUG